AUGGACGCAUCUGAAGUAGAGUUUGUUGCGGAGAAAGAAGUGGUUCAAAUCAUACCAAAUUUCAGUCUGGACAAGAUCUAUUUAAUCGGGGGAGAUCUGGGUCCCUUUAACCCUGGACUGCCUGUCAAUGUCCCUGUGUGGUUAGCUCUUAAUCUAAAACAACGUCAAAAAUGCAGAAUUGUGCCCCCGGAGUGGAUGGAUGUUGAUAAACUAGAAGAAAUGCGCGACCUUGAACGUAAAGAGGAAACGUUUACGCCUGUUCCGAGCCCAUACUACAUGGAGUUGACGAAACUACUUCUAAACCAUGCAUCAGACAACAUCCCGAAGGCAGAUGAAAUUCGCACUUUGGUGAAAGAUCUCUGGGAUACACGUAUUGCCAAACUACGACUCUCCGCAGACAGCUUCAUCAAUCAGCAGGAGGCUCAUGCCAAGCUUGACAACCUGACCUUAAUGGAAGUCAAUACCAUCCGAGCAUUUCUUCUUGACUCCUUGAACUGUAUGUAUAAGCUACGCUCCAAUCUUCAGCCUGGCUCCACUAAAGGACAGUCCAAUGACUAUUAA